GGUUCGCCGCACGACAACGUCCGGUGCCGCGAGGGUGCCAUGAAAGGCGUGCAACAGACGCAAUGGAAACCCAGCUAUAAGGGCUUCAGUGCGGGUGGCAACUGGGGCCAGACGGGCGCUAAGGGUGCUGAUCCUGCUGGUGGCAACGGCAAGGGCAAGGGCGGUGGCUGGGGGUGGAAUAGCUGGGAUUCCAAAGGCGGCGACAAAGGUUGGGACAAAGGUUGGGGCAAGGGCGGCUGGGGUUGGGGAGGCAAGGGCCGAAGUCGACCGCCCAGUGGACCCACCUUGUCACGUGCGCGCGUGACCAGCGAGCCAGUCACUGGCGAAGUCACGGAGUGGAAAGGCAAAUAUGGCUGGAUACGCCCCACGGUGCCUGUGGAGCACCCUCAGGCUGCCAGACGGCAGGGCUUAAUCUAUGUGAGCAUGAGUGACCUACAAGGUGGAUUAGAGGCCCUGACGGUAGGCAGCUUAUGUCAAUUCCACGUCUUCUGUGAUGCCUCGGGCCUGGGUGCUGAGGAAGUCAUUGGCUCAUGAGGAAAUGAUCCUGGACGCGCCGUGACGUCGCAUGGAGAUGGCAGCCAGUUAGCACAAGAAAUCAAACCAUGUUCGGC